CAAUAUUCUUGCAUAAAUUAAAGUAACUAAGCAAUGUUGAUUGUUGUCAGUUUCGCGGUAGCGCGAGCUAGGAGCCCUAAUCAAUUUUCGUAAAGAGACAAUUUUUCCUUGAUCGCAUCAACGACUACAGAAACCUCUGAAGAGCUAAAAGAUAGCAGAUCAAUUUUAAUCCAUCUUGACAUUACAGUGUGAAGAUUUGCUCUUCCGUUUGCACCGUUUCGAUUCUCUGACCAACGAAGUAAUCUUGGAAGCAUCCGCCAUUUGAUGUUUUUGUAGUGCAAUUAUGACUCACGUUUUAACAAAUCAUGGAUAUCCACACGAUCUUCGCUUCCGUUCUAAGUCCGCUGAGAUAUUUAGAGAACACGAAAGACGAAAGGAGGGUAUUCCUAGAACGGAAUUAGACAAAAUUCGAAGCCUUUCUAGACAAUCAUGGCAGCGAUCAUGGGAGAACCCUGGAGAUCCGUUGCCCACAGUGAAAUGUAAUCACUUUGUGACUACCUAUUCCACAACACACAAUUACAAAGCGCUUCAAGAACCCACUCCCUGCCGACCGACAUCGCCAACAAGACGAAAUAACCCUCAUCCAACUAGGUCAUUUUUGCGACUCCACCUGAGACAGGCAAAAGGGUUUCCCAAACCUAAAGAAAAACCAGGACAGGACCCUUGUGAUGUUGGUUAUAAACCUGAGGAACCAAAUGAUAAACAGCAGACGAUGUAUUACACUUUAUGGGAAAUGAAAGACAGAGAAAAAAGAGGCAUGGAUAAGGUUUUAAAGGCUACUAUGACUCGGAAUGCUGUACCAGCAGCACAAGCGUGGGUCAGAAAUGCUGGCAUGAAAGACAGGAAGAUAGUAUCAAAGAUGUUGGAUGUUGUGCAUGACACACAAAAUGUUGAUCAGACUAUUAGUUCUACAUUCAGGCCUGAUAUUGUACCCGCUGUAAAUCGAUGGUUAAAGAAAGCUGGAAAUGAAGAACAACAAGCUGUGAUGAGAUUGAUCCGAACUUUGGCCUCUAAUCCGGUUAAUGAUGGGACAAUAGAUCCAGAAUACACUGGCCAACAACAUCCCGACAGAUACAUCUUGGGAAAAUAUACUGUACGCCAGUCAGGAAACAAAGGAAAAGGAAUUCCCAUUACUGUUAAAAAUCAUUUUCCGAAAAAGUCUCAUUUUAAGGCACAUCCAGCUUGGCUUCAAGCUUCAUGACCAAUCUUUUUUGGUGAUAUAACAUAAGUCUUGAAGUCUAAUGAUGUCAAGGAGGGUUAACUCUGAGACUGUACUAACCAUUUACUGAAAUACUUAAAGUUGUUUAGUGUAUAAUUAUAAUUUCUUGACCCUCUAUAACUGUUAUGUAAAAACGAUCUAGGAAGUUGGAAAAAAAAAUAAUCUCUUACAAUAUUCAAACGUAAAAUACACUGGGGCAUGUAAUUUUUUUAC